GGUAGAAAAGGCCAUAAAUACAUUAAGAAAUCACAAAGCUCCAGGACCUGACAAUAUAACCUCUAAAAUUUUAAAAGCAUGUGAGAACUGGGUGUUGACAUAUUUCAUAAAAUCUGCACAUUAAUUUGGAAAUCUAAGAGAUGGUCAGAAGAAUGGUGUAAAUCAAUAUUUAUUCCAAUUUAUAAAAAAAGUGCACCAACAGACUGUAGUAACUACAGAACUAUCAGCCUAAUUAACUAUGCCAGUAAUGCUACAAAUAAUUAAUAACUGUUUGAAACCCUUCCUAUUACCUGAAAUAGCUAAAGAGCAGUCGGGGUUUAUCCCUGGUAAAUGAACUCAUGAACAAAUCUUGAACGCUUGACAAAUCAUUGAAAAAGCCUAUGAAUUUAAUGUCAAAGUUUACCUUUGUUUCAUAGACUAUAUCAAAGCCUUUCAUUGUGUAAAAUGACACAAAUUAUGGCCUACUCUCCAGAACAUGGGAGUCCUGCACCAUAUUAUUUCGAUGAUCAGAAAUUUAUAUGAGAAUAACUCUGCAAGAGUAAGCUACCAAAACUGUGUCUAAUACAUUUAAAUAAUACAUCUGAAGCUGGUGAAGCUGGUUUCCCUUUACUCUUUAAUGCUUAUUCUGAAAUAAUCAUGAGAAGGGUAUUAGAUAACUGGGACAGAGGCAUUUCCAUCAGGGGCCAUAAAGUUAACAACCUGAGAUACACUGACAAUAAACUUAUUAUAGCAUUCAGUGAAUCAGAACUUGAAUAUAUUAUCAAACAUCUUGAAACUGAGAGCAGGGAAUAUGGAUUGCUGAUUAAUGAAAGUAAAAUAAAAGUUAUGAUAAUUGAUUGUUCCUUGACACAGACUAUGGAAAUUGCAGGCUAUAAGGUGGUGAAUGAAUUUGUUUACCUUAGAUCAUUUCUUACAAAUAAAGGCGAAUGCAAUAAUGAAAUUAAAUGCAGAAUUUGCCUAGCUCACAAUACAACCUCUAAAUUAUUUAGAAUUUGGAAAAAUUCUGCAAUCACUAUUUUUAAUAAACUAAAGCUCAUAAGAACGCUUAUUUUUCCGAUUGUCACUUAUGCCUCAGAAACCUGGACCAUAAAUGCCACUUCUCAGAAGAAACUUGAUUCCUUGAAACUUGAAGAUUUUGAAAUAUGGACAUAUAGAAGAAUGCUGAGAAUCUAUUGGAUGGAGCACCAAACAAAUUGCUCCAUCCUAAAUCAACUGAAAAUCAUAACACGCCUUACCACUAAAAUAUACCAAUCCUACCUUCGCUUCUUGGGAUAUAUUUCCAGAUGCAAAAAUGGAUUUGAGAAACAAAUCCUGGAAGGGAAGAUCAAUGGAAAACACACUAGAGGCAGAUGUCAGAUUAGGUGGGCAGACCAAGUAAUAAUGAUUACAGGACAUACAAUAUAUGAAGCCAUCUACAUGGCACAACACCAGGAAUAGUGGAAAGAUACAAUUAAAGCCAUCAAUUUGUAAUAUUACCAUGACCUUUGAAGGGCAUAGAACUGAGAA